AAUGCAUGUAUAGAGUAUGAAUUCAACUUCUUCACGGCGCCGGAAAUCAGAAUUAAAUAUUAUUAAUAUAAUAUGGUCCCGUCAUUUUCUGUCUCUAUAUAUAUCCACGUUUAUCUGUGUGUCUCUUCACUGUCGAGUCACACACAACACACACUACUUCUUCUUCUUCUUCCUCCUCUGCCCAUAUAUCAUAAAACAAUAAUAAUAAUAAUUACAUUUAUGUAUAGACAUGUUCUGUAUCUAUAAUCUAUACAUACAUUUAUAAUCACACAAGGGUUACAUGAUAGCUACCUCUUUUAAUUUUCUUCAAUCUUUUUCAAUAUCAAUUCACACAUUAUAUACUAUACCCAUCAAAUUCACGUUCACUAUAUCACCUUUUUAAUUCACAUUAAAUAUCAGUUAGACGACCCACAGUUUCUCUCUCUAACCUCUUUCUCUCUCUAGAUCUAUCUCUCUCUCUCUCACACACACAGAGGAGAAUGACGAACUGCGUGCAAAGUUGGCCCGAACCCGUAAUCCGGGUCCAGCAUCUGUCCGACAGCGGAUUACUCGCAAUCCCGGAGCGCUACGUCAAGAAACCCUCUGACCGGCCGAUUUUCGUUCCGGCUUCACCGUCGGCCGCCGCCGGUGGCGAGGUGGUCAACAUUCCGGUCGUCGACGUGUCUGGGCUGUACUCCGGCGACGCGGAUCUCCGGCGAAAGACCGCGGCGGAGAUCGACGAGGCCUGCCGCGAGUGGGGGUUCUUCCAGGCGGUGAACCACGGGGUGAGCCACGAUCUGAUGCGGCGCACGCGCGAGGUUUGGCGCGAGUUCUUCGAGCUUCCAUUGGCGGAGAAGCAGAUGUACGCUAAUUCUCCGACCACGUACGAGGGUUACGGCAGCCGCCUCGGCGUGGAGAAGGGAAUGUCACUUGACUGGAGCGACUAUUUCUUCCUCAAUUAUCUUCCGGCGCGGCUGAGGGACCAGAACAAGUGGCCAUCGCCACCUGUUUCAUGCAGGGAAUUGGUGGAAGAAUACAGCAAACAGGUGGUUGAACUGUGUGGAAAACUGAUGAAGAUUUUCUCAAUCAACCUUGGAUUGAAAGAAGACUAUCUUCUAGAAGCAUUUGGAGGAGAGGGAUUAGGUGCAUGCAUGAGGGUUAAUUAUUACCCAAAAUGCCCUCAGCCCGAUCUCACGUUGGGCCUUUCGUCUCACUCCGAUCCGGGCGGUAUGACCCUUCUCUUCCCCGACGAAAAUGUCUCCGGUCUACAAGUCCGACGUGGCGAGAAUUGGUUGACCGUUACGCCCCUGCCGAAUGCCUUCAUUGUCAACUUAGGGGAUCAACUUCAGGUUUUGAGCAAUGCAAAGUACAAAAGUGUGGAGCAUAGGGUGAUAGUGAAUUCCGAGAGAGAGAGGGUGUCACUGGCGUUCUUCUACAAUCCGAGGGGCGAUAUGGUCAUUAAGCCGGCGGAGGAGCUAAUCACCGCGGAGGAGCCACCGCUCUAUCCACCCACAACUUACGACCAAUACAGGCUAUACAUAAGGAUGAAGGGCCCUUGCGGCAAGUCCCAAGUGGAAUCAAUUAAAUCACCCCAAUAAUAAUAAUAAUAAAAAUAAAUAAAUGUUGCUACAUAUAUAUUGCAUUAUGAACGCAUCUUUUCACCUUUUCAUCAAUAAUUAAUUCACCUAUCUUUCAUAAUAAAUAGAUCAAAGUGUAUUAAUUCAUUAAUUGCAUGCAAUUGUAUUUGAUAGAAAUGUUGGAAGCUAGGUGAAAAAAGGUGGAGAUAUAUAUACACCAGGUGAUUUAUUAUCGUUGACCUACACAGGCGAACAUGGAUGCCCGUAUGUACGUUUAUGUGUUUAUAAAAAAAUUAAAUUUACCCGAUGUAUUUCACCUGAUGUAAUAUAAUAAAAAGCGCAGUUAUUUAUUUGUGGCAA